AUGGCCGCAGAACAGAGGAAGCUGUUAGAACAGCUAAUGGGUGCCGGAGCUUCCUCACGCGCCGCGCAACUCUCUAUCACAGAUCCCAAAGUCUGCCGCUCAUUCCUGGUCGGGACAUGUCCCCACGAUCUCUUUACAAACACUAAGCAAGAUCUUGGCCCCUGCCCAAAAGUGCAUUCCGAACCUCUUAAGACUGAAUACGACUCCGCGCCCCAAGCCGACAAGCAGAAAUGGGGCUUUGAAUACGAUUAUAUGCGCGAUCUUCAGAAAUACAUCGACGAGUGCAACCGCCGAAUCGACGUAGCGCAACGGAGGCUAGAAAAGACGCCCGAUGAGAUACGGCAGACGAACGCCCUUCUAAAGCAAAUUUCAGACCUCUCGAAGAGUAUUGAGACUGGCUUAAUGGAGAUACAGGUCUUGGGGGAGCAGUCGGAAGUCUCCCGCGCAUACGAGGAAUUCUUUCGCAUACGGCAGGCUAUGCAAACAAAAGGGGACAAGGAACGCGAACUAAAGGCACUGUCAGAUACUAGUGGGCCAAGUGGACAUCAGAAACUCCAGGUGUGUGAUGUAUGUGGCGCAUAUCUAAGCCGACUGGACAAUGAUAGACGGCUGGCGGAUCAUUUCUAUGGGAAGAUGCAUUUGGGCUAUGCGCAAAUGAGAAAGACAUAUGAGGCUUUUCCCAAGGAGCUUCGGGGAAGGAGCAGGCCGAUGCUAGAUGAAGGAGACCAUAGCCCAGCUAUCAGAGGUGGUUAUGAUGCCGGAUAUGAUGGUGGCUUUGGAGGGCGAGGAUUUGGUGGAAGGGGAGGUGCGAGAGGUGGUGGUUUUAGGGGAAGAGGAAGAGGGUUUAGGGGGGGGUGGUAA